AAUGGAUCAUUCUUCGUGGACUCCAAAUAAUAAUAAAAUGAACUGUGAAAGCAUAAUAAUGUUGAGUCCUAUUACAAAAACUCCAAUUUCAAAUAAUAUAAGACUUAAGAGAAAUUUUCAAAGUAAUACGACCAAUUUUUCCGUAUUACCUAGCCAUAUAACACCACCUUCUGGAUUGACAAAAUUUAUAGCUAGAAAUCCAUUUGAAGCAGAUCUAACAAAUAAAUUACACAUUUCAGUUAUAAGCCCAACAGUAUUUAGUAAGGUCGUUGAUUCUCAUCAGAAAGAUUCUCCAGGAUUUACUUGGAGUAUAGACGAAUUAGCUCUUAUUCAACCUGCAAAAAUUGAUGAAUUUCCAGAGCAACAAAUGCAAUGCUCUGAUCCUGAAAUUGAAAAGAAUGCUCAGGAAGCAAUAAGUAAAUUUUUUAGUAAAAAUCAAAUUAUACCAAGUCCAUUUGAUUUUAAAAGAGGCGAACUUGGUAAAGAAAUAGAAAUGGUGACACCCAUUCGUGAGUUUGAAGGAAUAAAUAUAUCAAAAGAGUUGUUUGAAUCUAAAAUUGAAACAAAAGAUUGCUGGGCACAAACUAUUCUAACUUUACCUCCAAAAUUGCCUGAAAAGGUUGAGGAGAUUUUAAAACCAUACUUUAGUUUCACACAGAAUCAAAAUUACGAAAGUGAUGAAGCUAAUAUUAGUAAUACUUCGUUAAGAAGGAAGCUAUUUUCGAAUAAUGACGAUUCUCAUAAUGAAUCGAAUAGCUCGAUCCUAAAAUCUCCUGAAAGUUGUAAGAGUCCUUUAAGUGAAAAGUUGAGUCCACUACAAAGUGGAAUGUUUUUUCAUGGUACUCUUCUACAGAAUUCUCCAAUCACUCAAAGAACAUAUGGAACUCCACUUGGUUAUGGCAAAGAUAUUUCACCUCACAAUUUGUCACCAAUUAGCAAUCCAGGCCUCAACAUGUCCUACCAAAGUAUUAAAUCUCGAAAUAAAUCAGUGGCAAGAUUAGAUUUUACAAAUGAUGAUAUGAGUAUUGAAGUUAUAACCGAUGAAGAAAAACAGGACAAAAACAGUUCUGUAACUGAAAAUAUAUGUAAAACCUUGUUUUCCGAAAAAAACAAUAUGUUAACAGAGAAGGAAAUGGAUAAACAUAUGGAAGAAGGAAAGUUCUACGAUGCCACUCAAAUAUUUAUUUCAAGCGAAAAUUCUAGUAAAUUUAAAGAAGAUAAAGAAAAUUUAGUGUUACAUAAUUUCAAUAUUACUGACAAGUCAAAGUUUGUGGAAGCUUAUAAAACGAAUUUUAGUGAAAGUUAUGCCAUGCAACAAAGUAACAUGUUGUCUGGUAAUUAUGUUCAACAAAUGACUUAUAGCAAUACUCAUGAUACUGGAUAUCAAACUUAUAGUAGCAGUAACAUAACAAGUAAUAUGGAUAGCUACAAUACACCAAUUAAACAGAAGUUACAUUGGGAUGAAAGAAUUACGCAAACUGACGAUGAAGUUCAAUUGGCAGACUGGGGAGAAAAUAUGAAGAGUAUGAUAAGUUCAACUCCAUCAAAGUUUAAUAGAGCUAAAAACAGCCUCUAACAACAGCUAAGAAGAAACAUAAAUACAUAAUUAUAAAAUAACAGAAAAUAAUUAUUACUAUAAAUUGUGCUAUGCAAUAUAUAUAUUGUUGAAGUAUGUGAGCAUGUUAAGCUUUUCAAAGAAAAAACGUGCCUUCACAUUUUAAAAUAGUUCAUCGCUAAACCAGAUCAC